AUGAAUCGCCGGAAAUCCCAUCGAAAUUUGCUCAUAUGGGCGCUGGCUAUUGCCCAGAUGGCCACCGCCCAGCUGAUCCGAGGCCAGCCACCGGUCGCCGAAAAUCUAGUAACGCCCCGGCGCAUCAAAGUGAAUGAAGGCGCGGCUUUUGAGCUGUCAUGCCCGACCAUGGACGAAGACGUCGAAUAUUUCUGGUUAAAAGACGAUCAAGACAUUGGCGCCAGUAAAAAGCUUUUCCACAUCGUAUCCGCGUCGAGCGACCACGCCGGGAUCUAUCAUUGCGUGGCGCGAAACGCUUUUGGCGCCGCAAUUAGCCGAACGUACCUUGUCGACGUGCAGUACCUCCACGACUUCGCCGACAGCACCGAUUCGUCGAUCAGCGUCACGGGCAAUUCGGCUUUUAUUUUGCGGAGGCCCGAGUUGAUAGCUGCAAAGUCUGCUCGUCCAACGUUUAGCUGGUAUCGCAAUGACGUCGAGAUAUUCUCGAAUACAUCACGCUACGUCACGAGCCGAGGCGACCUGGUCGUGCUGGACGAUGGACUUCCGAUGGACGGCAGCUAUCGGGUUACUGCCUGGCUCGAUGCGUUGGGCGAAGCAGCCUCCGGCGUCUUUUUUUCUGACCUCGAACUGCUCGAUGACGAUGGCCCCGAGAUGGCCGAGUUUGACUGUGUGCCAAGCUAUAGUUCCGACUUCAACAUCCAUUGGUACAUCGACGACGAAGAGGCCACGGAGGAACAUCGGGGGAUCAAGUUUGAGCAGCACAUGCGCAGAUUGAUCAUCUCCAGAAAAGCUGCUUUGCUAAAGGGCAAACAACAAGCUACGGUGCGCUGUCGGUGCGAUGCGGCUGCUGGCCGAGUGGUGGAGGAGAAAACGGCGACGAUUCGAAUCAUUACAUCCCCACGACUCAACCUGCUCCCCAGCCAGCUCGGCAAGGCCCUUGGCGAAGAUGUGAGCAUCCGCUGCUCACUGAAGGAUGGCAUCGGCGGCGGGGAUACGCGCUGGUGGCAUAACGGCAAGAAGCUGGCUGCUCGUGACGGCAUCCUCACCCUCAACAAGAUCAACGCCGACGACUUUGGCGUCUAUCAAUGCGAGGGUCGAAACCUCGCCGGCUCCACCGUUUCCACGUUGUGGUUGCACGAAGGGCAGGAGGAUAAGCGUACUCACUCCGGAGAUGUCAACUGGGGAUUCGCCGAUGCUUCACUGGAACGUGAAGUUCAAAACCUCGAAUCCGACACCAGCUCCGCCAUCCCACCCACGUUCCGUGUCAGCCCGAAAAACCAAGAAGCCCAGGUCAAGGGACAGACAUCUGACGCCGGAAGGUAUACCUGCAUCGCCGAAAAUUUACACGGGAAGAUUGCGGCUUCUGCUGAAUUGAAUGUGAUUGGCACGUCGCUGAUUGAACAUGGACCUACAAAUCAGAGCAUUCUGAUCGGCACCAACAUCGAGAUCCCGUGCGAGGCCUCAAAAGAUCUGGGGGCUGAUGUUGAAGUCAAGUGGUCACUGAAUGGUGAAUCAAUUGGGCCUUCCGGCAAUCAAGCUCUGCGCAUCGAACGAAAGAAAAACGGCGGUCUCCUCAUCAUCCAGGCAGCCCCGGAUAACAUUGGCGAAUAUAUUUGCACGAUUCGGACACCCCGCGGCGAGCAGUCACAAUCAGCAUGGUUGCGCAUCAUUGAGCGGCCCUCAAUGCCGGUGGCCGUCGCGGCACAGCUGAUCAACGAGACCGUACCCGCCAAGAUCAAGAACUGCUGCUCAUGGGUGAUCGACAACUUGAAACCGUCGGCGACCGCCGAGUUCCGGGUCAUUGCCUUCAACAGAUAUGGUGCAGGGAUGCCGUCAGUGUCCACGAACAAUGUGACGAUGCCACAGCAGCCUCCCGCAUCGGCCCCCAUUGGGGUCGCCGCCAGUGCUCGGUCAUCCUCGUCAAUUAUGGUACAGUGGCAGCCGCCGCCAUCGGAACAGUGGAACGGGGACAUUCUCGGAUAUAUUAUCCGAUAUCGCCUCUCCGGCUACGCAUUGCCAUGGAACGAGAAGAACGUCACUAACAUCAACCUCCGCAGUGUCCCGAUCGAACCCCUGAUUACGUGGAGAACCUAUGAAAUUCAGGUCGCGGCUUACAACAAUCGUGGUCUUGGCGUCUUCAGUAAAAGCGUCGACGUGACCACUUUGGAAGGAGUUCCGAGCCAAGCGCCCAGCCGUGUCAAGGCUGUCGCGAAGAAUUCAACGGCUUUCGAGAUCACCUUUUCCGCUCCCGACCAGCAGCGCAUCCCUGGAGUCAACCUGGGCUACAAAAUCCAAUUUUGGCGUGGCGCCCCGGGAGCUGCCGGUGGCCUUCGCAAACAAGUGAUCAUCGACCCGACGGGUCCCGAACUGUCCCUGGUCGUGGAUGGGCUUGAAAAAUGGGGGCAUUACAAUCUGUCGAUUCUCUGCUUUACUGGCCCUGGCGAUGGACCGCGCAGUGAGACGCAACUUGUCGUUACGGAGGAAGAUACCCCUGGACCUGUCUCUGAGCUUGGCGUCGAUCACGAACAGGUGCUUUCCAACAGUGCCGUCCUGCAGUGGCACAGUCCGCAGGAAGCUAACGGGCGUAUCAUUGGCUAUGAGCUCAAUUAUUGGCGAUCUGAACGGCAGGAUGAUCGAUUACCGCUGGAGCUUCCCGGUGAUCAGCACUCGGUUAUGUUAGAGGGGCUGACGCCAUCCACCCAAUAUGCUGUCGAGAUCCGCGCAAAGACCUCCAAGGGCGUUGGUCCAUGGGCGGAAACACGAUUCGAGAGCGGUGUUCCACCAGAACUGCCUGGUCGACCCACCUCGCUCUCGAUUGUCCAAAUCUCGCCUCGUUCCGCACAACUCCAAUUCGUGCCCGGUUUCGAUGGCCAUACAACCAUCCGCCAGUGGAUAGUCGAGGCGCGAGUCGGCGAAAGCAACAUCUUCCACCAAAUCUACAACGUCAGCGCUCCAAAGGCUCGUCUCCUGAACGUGACAGACCUGCGCCCGUACACUCGAUAUCAACUUCGUCUGAUUGCCGACAAUGUUGUGGGUCGCGGUUCGCCAUCGGAGCCAUCGCAAGCCUUCGAGACAAAACAAACCAUCCCCGAAGCGCCAUCGUCACGACUCUGGUUCGAGCCGAUUUCGGCUACUUCGAUGAUCCUCUCGUGGACGCCUUUACAGCACUGGCAGUGGAACGGUCAGCCGACCGGCUAUUUGAUUGUCUACCGGCAAAAUGGCACCAAAGAAUGGCGCGAAAUCCGGGUAUCCUCCCUACGGGCCACUGACUUCACACUGCGUGACCUCCGCCCCUUCACGUCCUACGAAGCCGACUUGUACGCCGAGAACAUUGUUGGAAAAUCGCAGGCCACCGGUUCAACCGUCGCCAAAACCUACGAGAGCUUCCCCUCGGGCGCCCCAACUGACGUAGCGGCAUCGCUCGGCAAGGAUGGCCACCACUCGAUAACCGUUCAGUGGAAACCAGUCGACAACCAUUUGAAGAAUGGCGAUAUCCUCGGCUACAAGGUCCGCCUUGUUCCCGAACAACCCGAAUUGCGCGAUGAAUAUGAAAAGAGCGUUGAUGUGAUCGGCGAGGUCACAAACGUCACCAAACUGGCUGGGUUAAGGGCUUUUACCGCAUAUAACGUGUUCGUCGCCGCCUAUACCGUCGUCGGCAGCGGCCCGGAAAAUGCCUCGCCUACCACCAUCAAGACAGGGAUUGAUUUGCCCACCGAACCGACCAGCGUCGGCUUUUCGUUCAUCAGCGAGGAGGAGGCCAGGCUGCGUUGGUUGCCACCAGCCAAUCCCAACGGACGCAUAUUGAAAUACAUCAUCACCUACGUGCGGGCCGACGAGAACAAGGACUCGGAAAUCACAAUUCCAAUGGACUCGAACAGCUACGCCUUCUCGGCCAACGGAUUGAGCCCGAACUCAAAGUAUCUGUUCACGGUGAAGGCCGAAAACGAGAUGGGCUUUGGCCCGGAAGCUUCGGUUGAGGUGAAGACGACCGCUGUUCAAUUGCCCCUGCGCAACCCUCCAGUACCCUCGCGCGAUGAGCGGAAACCGUUUGCCUCGAGGGAGGUGCACAUCUCAUGGCCAGAACUUAUUACAUCCGAUGAGGACGCACCUGUGCGCUUUGUCCAGAUCGAAUACCAACGAGCGAACGAAAACGACUGGGUUCCGUACACGGAUUCGACGCCUGCCAAGGAGAACCGCGUGACGAUCAAGAGACUAAAGCCAAACACCCCGUAUCGAGUCCGAAUCCGCUUCCGCGGUGACUUUGCGCAAUCUGCCUGGAGUUCCGAGAGUGAAUGGAUCAAGACACUCGGUGCCCGACCGGAAGCUCCGCCUGGCGACCUGGCCACGGCUCCCUUUGAAAGCGAUGGAAUUUUGUUGCAAUGGGCCCCACCGGAUAGGUCUGCGUGGAACUCUGAUGUACUGGGCUACCGUAUCUCCUACAAAGCGUACCCUUCGAACGACAGCUGGCAGAGCACCGAAAUUGCACCAAGGCACGAGCAGGAGCCCCGAGAGCGAACGACGAUCCGCGGAUUGAAGAGUUUCCAUCACUACGUGGUCAGCAUGAAAUCCCUGAACGCGGACGGCGGCUCGGAAGCUUCGACGCCAGUCUUUGUUUAUGUUGGAUAUUCGAUCCCACGCGGCAAUGUGACUGGCCUUUCCGCUGAACCCUCAUCGAGCACCCAACUUAGGUUGAGAUGGGAUGAAUGGAGAAAUGAGGAGGAUGUCAUCACCGGCUUCAAGAUUCGUUAUGUUCCGUUGAUUUCCGUGCUGUCGCGACAACCCCAAGAGGAGCAGCUACUGAUCGUCGAGAAUAACACUGCUUUGUUGACAGAUUUGAUGAAGUUUACUCAAUAUCAGGUAUCCGUCUCGCCAUAUAAUCGAGCCGGCGAGGGUGGAAUGGCGGUGAUCCGUGAGACCACUCUUCAAGAUAUCCCAGGCCCGGUUGGAAACCUUAUGUUUGAAGACGUCUUGCUCGACAGUGUCAACGUCUCUUGGAGCGUACCUGAAGAGCCGAACGGUCGUAUCAUCCGCUACAUCGUCAACUACUACACGUCGAAACUCCAAGACGAAUUCCUGAAGAACAUCAAACAGCCCACCCAAAUGCCCUUCAUCGUGGCUACCGGGCUCGAGGAGGGAGCCACCUACUACUUCUCGGUACGCGCCGAAACCACCGCCGGCACCGGGCCGGAGGCUGCCGGCAAUGUGACGAUCGGAUCGACGUCGGAUGGACCGGAAGCCCCGACGAGACCGCGAGCCGUUCCUGGGCACACUUCCGUCGCCCUCCAAUGGACGGACGGAGCUGCGACGGCCCGUGGCAUCAUUGGGCAUCUCAUCCAGGCCAAACGGGUCGCCAACGCUGAACCGACAACGACGGUCAAGACGACGAAAGAAAAACGUGUCCGUCGUUCUACGUACGAACCACCCACUCAUCGCAUGGGUGAAUGGGUCACGUUGAGCACGAUCAUGGGCAGCGCCACCGGCUUUGAGAUCAGCUACAAAGACCUGCACUCGAACUCGUACUACGUCUUCCGUGUAUUUGCCCGCAAUCGACGUGGUGUCGGCAAGGCUAGCGUAGAGAGCGACCAGCUUUUUGUGCCGGCCACGCUUCCCGAGGAUCCGUUCUUCACCCAGCUUUGGUUCAUCGCCAUCGUUGGCAUGGCCACGCUUCUCAUCAUCAUCUCGGUCGUCGCCUUCUUAUGCAUAACGGGAAAUUCGAAAAAAGGCGAAAAGCGGCACGGUAGCUUGGAUAGCCUCCAACUUGCUGACGGCAAUCUGACAACCUUCCACUUGAAACAAAACAACGAUCGAAUCAGCCGAAGCCGAAACGAUUUGUUGACGAGACCGGGCACCACCACCUCGUGGAUUUCCGACCGCGAACCCCCGGCUUACGGCAGCGUACUGGGAGCGAAUAAUGGGGUUUCGGGAAUGUACGGCCAACUAGCCACCGACGUGAUCCCACGAGGCGCAGAGACGGCUAAUCAAAGGCUGUCCGCGUUGGCUGGGCGCGACGUUCGUGGAAGCGUAUACGCACGCGGGGUAACAGCUCCGACUGCUCGCGCUGAUCUCCUGUCACCGCGCGGUAACAAUGAACAUGAGAAUUCGGACGGGUUCGACUCAUUUGACGAGGAGGAAAACGAGAGCGAGAGAGGUGUGGACCCUGGCAAUGACAUUGCUGGACACUACAACCACUCCGAUUCCUACAGCGCAACCUGGCGUCGGGUCCGGGCACGAGAAGCCGCGAACGCCCUCUCACCGCCCCCACGAAUCGGCGUCCCUCCACAACAGCCUCAUUCGACCAUUUCCGGGCUUCGCGCUGGCGGCUCUUCAAGCCAUGGGACUGGCAGCGAUUCUUCAUGGCCCACCCACCAAGCGCCCGCCCUUGAAAAGGGCUUCUCAUCUUUUGUG